AUGAGCGACGACGUCGACUACUACGCUCUCCUCGGCAUCGAGUCGACCGCCACAUCGGCCGAGAUCCGCAAGGCCUACCGCCAAAAAUCCCUCAAGGUCCACCCCGACCGCAACCCGGACAACCCGACCGCCGCCGCCCUCUUCCACGAGCUCACCCUCGCCGCCGACCUCCUCUCGGACCCGACAAAGCGCGCCGUGUUCGACACCAAGCUC